AUGACCACGAUCGGGUGUGUUCCGUGUGCACCAGACGAGGAACUCAUCUUGACGCCAACACCACCUCAUGGAUGUCCUGGUUGCGGCUGCACUUCCAUAUCCCAGCCACCUACCUCGCCAACCCUAUCCGACUCGCCCACCCCGACGCAGCCAAUCCAUGGUAGGGAGUAUUUGAAAUCGGGCGCAGUGCCUCGAGCAGCAUCGCCAAAGCCAACCGCGGAUUGA